AUGAGCAGCAGCAGCAGCAACAACAACAGCAGCAGCAACAAGGCGUUGCUGCGGACACUGCAAAGAAAGACUUAUGCAUCUCUUAAGCAUGCAUUGGAUGAUACUGGCGAACAUGAGGGUUUUGUUGCUGGUGUAGAUGAGCUAUUGGAGGUAUUUAAGGUAUUAAAUGAGACAAGAGAGACAGCAGCAGCAGCAGCAGCAGCAGCAGGAGACACAAAACAAAGAUUAAAUUGUCUCCUUGGUCUCCUGCAUGCAUUAGACAGACAUCGUCAUCAAUUUGAGCAAAACAGAUGGGAGGAAUUACUGCAACAAUUACUUCCUGCUGCAGUACCUGAGGUAUUAUUAUCAUUAAAAGAAAUAAAUAAAAAAAACAGAGACACAGCAGCAGCAGCAUUAGAUGCAAUUGCUGAUCUAUGUAGAGGAAAUCCUAUACAUAUGUCUGCGCUGGUGGCAUAUGUUGGUGCUGGGUUUGGAGGCCUGACGCCAGAGAUGAGGGGCCCCCAGGGGGCCCCGGGGGCCCCCCCUCUUCUUAAGUCUGCUGCUGCUAUUGCUUUGGGCAGACUAUUUGAUAUAUACAGUGGAGAAUUACCACAUAAACAAAUCCAAGAAUGGGCAGAAGUUGGUUUGUUGCUUCUUAAGGAUCAUAAUAAACUUGCAUUUGUUGCUGGUAUUCAAUUUGCUAAGGCUUGUAUUCGUGCUGGAGAUAUGGAUGACCUUGCUGCUUGGUUGCCAUCAAUGUUGGCUGUAUUGAGUAACCCUAAUGCUCCUAAGGCUCGCAUGAAGAUUCGUCACUUAAUAGAGAAGUUAUAUAAAUUGAUGGGAGAAGAAGCAUUAGAGAAAGCAAUGCCUGAUGAACAUAUUCCUCUUUUGCGUCAUUUGCUGAGAUCGGAGAGAAGACGAACUAUUCGUCGUCUAAUUAAUCAAACCCUUAAGGGAACACAUGGAUCUGAUGAGGAGAGUGAUGGAUCAGCAGAAGGAAGAAGAAAAGAAGAAGAAGAAGAGGAGGAAGAAGAAGAAGGAGAAGAAGAAGAAGAAGAAGAAGAAGAAGAAGAGGAAGAAGAAGAAGGAGAAGAAGAUGAUUAUGAUGAUGAAGAUGAAGAUGAUGAUCCACGUCGUCGUCGUAAAAAGAACAAUAUAAUGACAGGAGGAGACGAUCCCCAAGAAGAAAAGAAGAAAAAAGGAGUAAAAGUUGUUGGAUUAAAAUCUUUAUUGGAUGCAUUUGAAGAAGAAAGUGAUAAUGAAAAAAAAAUACGCGUAAACCCUAAACCCUAA